GUGAUGUAAUGGUUCUUUUGUACUCAUUUUGCGGGCAUCAAUUUUUUUUCAUUCAAUUGAUAUUACAUUCAGUGAUCGGCCAAGGUGCCGCAAAAACGCGGAUCGAAUCUCAAAGUGUCGCGAUCGUGACCCGGAGCACGUUGUACGUGCUUUUUCAAGGGGAAAGCCGCGACCUUGUACCCACCUCCCACAAAUUGGAGAUGCAACCUCGAGAGCGUACUCGUACGGGUUACAUCGAUUUUGCCGUAGGCACAGGAUUAUACUACUGAUCUGUUUCGCAAGGCUCCUCGUACCGUGGAACUGAGCCUCGCGAGCGCCUAUGUAUACAGCAGAAAUCGCGUCUGGAGGGGCAACCAGAUUGACUUUCUCCGAGGCAAGAGUUUUGCAGACUUUAACUGCUCAGCAUAAUUCCAGCGAACAUUCAGCGCUGAGUUUUUACCAAAGCAACAACGCGAUUUCGGUUGAGUAGGUGUAUCAGCACGCGGCAGGUAUCAAACGAUGCAGCUAUCAAGAAUAUUCUGUAUUUUUUCAUGCUACUUUUUAGUUUUAACGUGUGUAGCAUCGGCACCGCAAAACAAUGAACCCUUUUUUGAACUUCCUGUACAAUUAGUGGGAUUCCCCGUGAUCAUUGCAGCUGUUAGGAUUUCGAAUUUUGUCAAAAAAUUGGCUUACUCGUUGAAUCCUCAAACUUAUCAGAGUCGCGUCAAGCGGGGCUUGAUUGCCUUCGAAGAUGAAGAACAAUUUGAUGUGCCAUUGAUCGAAAAGAAACUAAUAGAAGAGGCCGGACAAAAUGUGUGUAUUUAUGAACGAGUGUGCGCUAAAUAUGCAGAAACAUCACUCCAGAAAAGCAACAGUCAACAUCAUCUUGAUUGGAAUGUCAUAUUCAGUCAAUACAAAUCAUCACCAGAUCCAAUGAAAGACAACUAUUUGCUCAGCGUUUUUCUGGGUGACAUUAUUGGAAGUCCACGUCUUUGCCGCCUACUAGCAAAACGAGGGAGACAGUGCCAAAUACCAUUGAUAGACUAACAAUCGUGUAAAUGAAUGUAUAAACUAAAAAUAAUGUUGUAAUAGGAAAUACUUUUUACGUUGUAUGCUAGAACGAAUUAUUCGAAAAACCAAAUUUAUUAGUCGAAAUUCGUUAAAUAGUUGAUAAAAUAAUUUUUACUAAUAUUGUAAAUACAAUUUCACAUGUUUCAAUAUUUUUUUUAUUUUCAACGAAAGUAUAGAAUAAUUCAUAUUAUUAAAAUUGUCGGCACGUAGUCCAUUAAGUGGUUUAUGUUAAUGAGCACAUGAAUAUGUCGACUACUUCUUUCCACGUAUGAUGUAAUCGGAGAAUGCAUUGUAUUUUUAUUAAAAAAAUCUAUGGUGUGAAUUCGCACAUGGUCUAUAAUUGAAUAUUCGAAGAUGGUGACGAUCUUGACAAUCGUUCUAUAUUUGUGAUUCUCAAGCAAAAUAUAUAUUCGUAAUAGUUUUUUUUAUGAUUACACAUAUGUCACUGUUUUUACUUAAAUUCCCGACUUUCGUCAAAUAUGACGAAUACUUGUUGAAAAAAUUAUUGUUUGAGGUUAAAUUAUAAUAAAAAUGGCAUUAGUUACUUAAUGUAAUUGUGUGUUUUGUUAUGGGUAUGACGAUAGAUUUAUACAUUGUAUUUGUAAAAACCCAAUUAGUUGACAUAGUAUGAAAUACAC